GCCGCCAGCUCGCCUCACUUAUGGGUCGGAAACGGUGCGUGGGGGAGACUGUUCCAAGAUGGCGGCGGGUUGCUGCGGGGUGAAGAAGCAGAAACUGUCCAGUUCGCCCCCCUCCGGCUCUGGUGGCGGUGGUGGCGCCUCCUCCUCCUCCCACUGCAGCGGAGAGAGCCAGUGUCGAGCUGGGGAGCUGGGACUAGGAAGCGUCGGUACGCGGCUCAACGGGCUGGGAGGUCUCACUGGGGGAGGUAGCGGCAGCGGCUGUACCCUCUCUCCCCCCCAGGGCUGCGGCGGUGGCGGGGGGAUUUCCCUGUCGCCACCUCCGAGCUGCGGAGUGGGGACCCUACUUUCCACUCCGGCCGCCGCCACCUCUUCCUCGCCCUCCUCGUCGUCCGCCGCCUCGUCCUCAUCGCCCAGCUCCCGGAAGAUGGUGGUGUCAGCGGAGAUGUGCUGCUUUUGCUUCGAUGUGCUCUACUGUCACCUGUACGGAUACCAGCAGCCCCGGACCCCCCGGUUCACCAACGAGCCCUACCCACUGUUUGUAACAUGGAAGAUUGGUCGAGACAAAAGAUUGCGUGGAUGCAUAGGUACUUUUUCUGCCAUGAAUUUGCAUUCAGGACUCAGGGAGUACACACUUACCAGUGCCCUUAAAGAUAGCCGUUUUCCCCCAAUGACAAGGGAUGAACUGCCACGGCUUUUCUGCUCAGUGUCUCUGCUCACUAACUUUGAAGAUGUCUGUGAUUAUUUGGACUGGGAGGUGGGUGUUCAUGGCAUUAGAAUAGAAUUCAUCAAUGAAAAAGGAUCAAAACGCACCGCCACCUACCUACCGGAGGUUGCAAAGGAGCAAGGAUGGGACCAUAUUCAGACCAUAGACUCCUUACUGAGGAAAGGAGGAUACAAAGCUCCGAUUACUAAUGAAUUUAGGAAAACCAUAAAACUGACCAGGUAUCGUAGUGAAAAGAUGACCCUGAGCUAUGCUGAAUACCUUGCUCAUCGCCAGCAUCAUCAUUUCCAAAAUGGCAUUGGGCAUCCCCUUCCACCAUACAACCAUUAUUCCUGACACUGAGCCGCACAACCAGUCACUGGGCCUCUCUGCAGACCUCUUCCCAGGAGACCCUACCCCUUCUUGGUCUAGCUAUCUCUUUUACUGUACCAUUUUAUGAUGAUAGUUUCCGUUGCCAUGGUGAAACUUCGACAUAGUCGAUUAAGAUCAUCAUGGUAACGGGUAGGAAAAUGGCAUUUGUUAAGAAGAUCAAGUUUUAUUAUUUUAGAGCAUUGAUUUUUUUUUUUUUUUUUGCAGCAUAUAUCACUUUGGGGCGUUUCUUUCAUUACAAUAUUAUAUAGAGGUUUGCUUUGCUAUGCCAAUCAGAUUUCUAUCUUUCUGUUCAUCUUGCCUUCCUUGCCUCUCUUCUUUAUUGCCUCUCUUCCUUUAGUUUCUUUCUUUCUUUCUUUCUUUCUUUCUUUCUUUCUUUCUUUCUUUCUUUCUUUCUUUCUUUCUUCCUUUCUUUCUUUUCUUUUCUUCUUUUUUUUUCUUUUCUUUUUUUUUUGACUGUGGAUGGAAGAAAUUGUGCAGUUUUUCAGGAUUUUUCUUUGGUUUUUCUUUAGUUUUCCUUAGUAAGAUAAUUUUUCAUUGCUGAGUUUGGGAGUAAUUCAUAUGAAAUUCAGGUAUUUGUAUGUUACUCUUGAAUUUGUCAAAAAUUACUUUUGCUAUGAGAGCUUAGUAUGUGGGUCUUCACUCCUUAAGUAUAUGUUUUUACCAUGGUUAAAAUAUAUGAACUUUAGUUCUAGUAUAAAACAUUUGAAGGUUCAUGACAGGGCUUGUCACAGAGAGUAAGAAAUCAUUUAUGUCGUUGUGCUGGUUAUCAUAGGUCAGACUCUGCCUCAUCACUUUAUAGAACCAAUUUACAAGCUAAAACACUGUUUUAAGAAAGUACAAGCUACCUUUCAAAUAUGGUAUAUGAAUCAUUUUGAAAAGCAGCAAAUAUCAGGAAGAAAGCAGAUACAGAAUUUAGUGCCUUUGAGAAGAAUAUAAUUAAGUGGAAUUAAGAGGGGUUAAAAAAAAGGCAAUUUAGAGAAAUAUUCUUAUAAAAUCUUAUUGUUUCUAUAUUGUGAAACAACAGACUAGACAAAUUCCUUUCUCUUAAGUAUUUUUUAAGCUGAAAAAAAAUUAUUUUGAGCAAAUAACCAAAAAGAGACAUGUAUCUAUUGUGCAUUAAUUUAAACUUGUUAGCUUUAGGUUUCAGUAAGUCAUAAUUGGCCGGAGACAAUUUCAGCUACCAUGUAAAGAAAUGGUAAAGAUAAUCUAGUGAAACAAAAGUUCAUAUAUGCCAUGAUUUCAGAUGUUUGCAAUGGGGACAAUACUGGAGUUUUAGAAAUACUAUAAAAUAGCUUGAAUCUCUUUCUGCACUACGUACUUUUGAUAGAAACACAUUUACUACGUUGAUAUUAUGUUACACCUGUAAAAAUGGAGUUGGCAUUGAGAUAUGAUGUAGUUGUUAGUGCCGAGAUCAUUGCAGGGCUAGGCUUCCCAUGAUGCAUUCAAAGAGAACUUUCUAGUGUCAGUAGGAGGUCUGUAUGUAUAUACCCAGGAGAAAUGACAGAGGAUUUUGGAGAAAGAUUACCGUCAGUUUAUGGCAGUAAAUAUGUGUGUGGGUAUGGGUGUGGGUGUGGGUGUGUGUG